AUGAGACCAGAAACCAGUGAGGUGAGAGAAGAAGCAGAAAGCAUGCUGAACAGGACAUGGCAGGGCCGUUGGGACAGCGAUGAGGCGAAAGGCAGAUGGACGCAUAAGAUAAUCAGGGACAUCUCACGUUGGAGGAACAGGAGGCACGGGCACACAGACUAUUGGCUGACCCAAGCCCUGACUAACCAUGGAUGCUUCAGCCACUACUUGCAUAAAAUAGGAAAACUGGGAACCUCAGAAUGCUGGUACUGCGGUCACCACGACGACGACGCAUUUCAUACGAUCUUCGAAUGCGACGCCUGGGAGACUCGAAGAUUCCGCGUGGAGACAGAAAUCGGUGGAAGACUUCAACCCGAGAACAUGAUGGACCACAUGUUGAAGGACAAACAGACGUGGGAUACCAUCAACGGAUUCGUACGCGAAGUGCUACAAAAAAAGACCGAGGAGGAAAGAAGGAGACAAGCAAUUGUCGCAGCUGCACCGUAG